CCGAAUUCUCAGGUGCUCAAUGAUGGAUCGUUCAAAUUUGCUGCCAAGACGAGUUUUUCCUGCACCGGCCGAGCGGCUGGAUACUACGCGGACGUUGAAACCGGCUGUCAGAUUUACCACAUGUGUGACGGCUUGGGACGCCAGUUCAGCUAUGCUUGUCCCAAUACGACACUGUUCCAACAGAGGAUGCUAAUCUGCGACCACUGGUACAUGGUCAAUUGCUCCAAGGCGGAAAGCAACUACGCAGUGAAUUUGCUCAUUGGACAACGAGAUAAGCCGUUCGUACCGGAGGAUGAGAACGAAAUCAGGACACCGCGACCGGAUCUACUGGACCGACCCUACUCGGCUGGAUUCCACAUGGAUUCGCUAAAGUACAACUUCUUCAAGACAAAUACUCCGGCACCCCAGAAUGCCAUCUCAGCUAACGGUAAGAAUGCAGUUAAGACUCAAACCGUCAAGCCGAAACAAACGACGAGUGAAAUCUUCGAAGAAAGUGCUAGUAAUCACGGUUUGCCAAUCCACUGGGGCACCCGAUAUGCCAAGGAAGAUGACGAAAAGGAACGCAAGGAUGCCAAACAGGAACUGGAUACCCCGUUGAGCACUGUCAUACCGUUGAGCACUGAAGAAGCCCAAUUGCAAGGCAGUAAGUCCAAUGGACGGCGCGAUGUCAAGGAUGACGAACGAAAGGACGAGAGUAGGAAUACGGUGCGGGUCGUUGUAAAUGAAAAUCGAACGAACAAGGUUGUGGAAUCGGCUAGCAACAACAAUCAGGUCAACGUUAAGCCUCCGUCCAUUCGGUAUGAACCUCCCUUCACCCCAGAAGAGGAUCUCAAACGAGGAAGCAACAGCAAGGAGUCAUUGGGAGCAGGAUUCAAGCCAUUCGAAUCUAUCUUGAAUUUUAACAAGAAAGGUAACCGAAAGGACUACGAUUUCUCCAACUUCUUCGGGCGAAAUGAAAGCAUCAGAAAUACGCCUCCAACGAAGGCACCGACUGUAGCCACCUCCACUACCACCACCAUCGCCACUCCAAGGACGUUUCCGUCAAGCACUACGAGAUAUUUCAGCAGUUCUUCAACGACACCAUCCCGACCAACGACUAGAUUCACGACAACUCCCCGUCAACCCGGCUUUGUAACAUCUCCAAGCACAACGAAUAAACCAAUCUCCAUUAUAGUGUCGGAUCUUCAGCUACCGCAACUGAACCCAGCACAGUUUGCUCCAAGAACCGGAACAGCGUUUCGACCUGUGCAGACUACCACCACAACUCCAAGAACAACUUUCUCUACAACUUCGACCACCACGACUACAACGACAACUCAAAAACCAACUUCCUUCUCAGACCCAAGAAUAUCGAAUCGUCCUCCUGCCACGAUCCGAUUCAAUGCACCCGCAGCAACGGCCGGUCUAUUCGAAAACCGAUUUUCCUUCCAACGACCUGCAGUGACAUCCAAUGUUCCAGUCCCGUCCCGAGACAUCCUUCCACCGUUCCAGAAUGUCGCUGAUUUCGACAAAAUCAAGAACCGUUUUGUCAACCAACCAGUCUUCACACGUCAGCCCAUCAGCAACGAACCAUCUGCCGGACCCAUCACAUCCGGAAUCGACAAGCUCACGAAUGAACCCCAGAUUCAAGUACGCAACGACAACAUCCCACGUCCAUUCAGCGUUCCUACCCCUGCCAACGAUCUGCUGCCUCCGAAGAAAGAAUACGUUUACUACGACGACUCCACCACCAAAGGCCCUCCAAUCUACUACCAAUGGAAGUGGUCCAUUCCGUCCUUCGGCCUUGAACCCCCACUGGAUGCCCCUCUGACCGACGAAGAAAAGCUUCUCACUCAGCUGAACCCAGCGUCCCAUGAUUCACCCGACUCGAACCGGGAACACAACCAGACAGCUCGUUCGAUUUCAUCUGAAACCGGAAAUCCAGGCGAGAACCCCUUGGCUGGCAAUACGAUUCCCGAAGUCACCAAACCCAAGAUCCAAGUACCGACGCACAACUAUCUGGAGCUACGCAAGCAACUUGCUAUUCCCGAUUUCACCUUCCCCUUGGAAAGCGCAGGCACUUCCCAAAGCACCUACGAGCAUGACGGAGCCGUCAACUCAUUCCAGAUCAAAAUCCCGGCGUACGCCCGCAGUGAUGACGCCAGCUCGGCUUGGUAUGGUGAAAAUGCCAAAUGUCCCGAAUGCCAUCCAGCUUUCGUAAGGCCUGGAACCUGCGAACCAUGCGUCAAAAUUCGACGAUAAACAGUUUUCCUUGAGUCCUGCCUUAACCUUAAAUUCCUUGUUUCCCCUUCUUAAUAGGAUUGUUGUUGGUAAGCUAGCUAAGGUAAAAAUCUCCCAUGACCCAAUUCCUAGUCCCCUUGUUCCUAGUGAAUUUCCCUAUUCCAGAGCAGAUGCAUUCAAGUAUUUUAGGUAGAUAAGAUUUGACGCACUAACCCACGCCCUGCAUCGGGAACACGAGAAGAUCAUUCCGCAGAUCAUGACCUCUUCCGGAGCUCUAAUUUAUUAUUAACUCAAUCCGCAUCGGGAGCAACUCCCGGAAGUCUUCAUCCGUGCUCAUAAGUUAGCUUCAUCUCUGUUACUCACUCUUACCUUUGACAGUAGGAAUCAACACAACUCAGCUCAGCAACAGCUCCGAGGGAGAGAUCAUGACUAUCUCCGGAAUGAUCUGUCCAGAGAUUACGAUGAAUUGUACAUACACCGCCGCCAAGAAAACCGAAUUGAAGUAAAAUAAAUGUGUGUUGAAAAUUUUAA